AUGGCCGGCGGCGAUGGCGUUGCUGGAGAGUACGAUGGGACUCUGAGCUUCUCCCUGGACGGAAGGGUGCGAUCCUCCUCCUUUGUGCUCCACUAUGGGGAGACGGGCUACUCGCCGAUCACUCUCCAGUUCGAUCCCUUUGCCCUGACAAAGCUGCAGAAGGACGUCUCGCGCUUCGUGGGUGGAUACCUGGCCAAAGAGUGGGAGGCCUUUUGCACGCAAGGGGACAUGAACCCAGAGUCGGGUCAGCUUGGAGAUAUACACGGAUCAACUCCUUGUGCUUCCACGCAGGGCUUUGAGGUCAAUGGGCCAGAUAGGAAGAAGCGCUACGAGAAGACAUCGGCACGAGCCCUUGUUGCAGAUGUCCACCAGCAGGAGCUUUCGCCGACGUCGCUGCAUGAACGGGUACAUCUUUGCGAGUCCUGGCAGGAAAACCUGAAUGACUGCGGUGUUUUCGUGCUGGAGAACAUGUUGCGGUCGCUGUCAAUGAAGAAGGACUUCUUGAAGCAGAUGUCCUCAGCAACGCCGCAAGUGAGCCCUCUACUGUUCUUUAUCCAAUUAUUCCAACGGUUGCUCGUGCAGAUGGGCCCCGCAUGUGCAGGCUUCUACUCGCGUGAGACCCUAAACACAGCAAGUUAA